GUACACGAAAUCCCACCGACCCUCUUCUCCCUUUCGUGCGGGGUACGGACAUGGGGCCCGCCGCCGAGGACGCGCCGGGGUUCAUGCUGGACUUCCUCAAGCGGUGCGGCGGCCACGCCUUGAUCGACGGCGGCUUCGCCACGGAGCUGGAGCGCCACGGCGCCAACCUCAACGACCCCCUCUGGAGCGCCAAGUGCCUCAUCACUUCGCCCCAGCUCGUCCGAAGGGUUCACUUGGACUACCUUGAAGCUGGAGCAAAUAUCAUAUUGACGGCAUCUUAUCAGGCCACAAUUCAGGGUUUUGAGGCUAAAGGAUUGUCGAGAGAAGAAGCUGAAAAUUUACUCAAAAGAAGUGUUGAAAUUGCAUGUGAGGCAAGGGAGAUAUAUGAGGAAAAAUGCACGAAGGAUUCAUUAAACUUCACGGAAAAUGGAAGAAUGGCAACGCGUCCUGUUCUAGUCGCGGCUUCUGUUGGAAGCUAUGGAGCUUACUUGGCUGAUGGGUCUGAAUAUAGUGGUGACUAUGGAGAUGCAGUUACUCUUGAAACAUUGAAGGAAUUUCACCGGAGAAGGGUACAAAUUCUAGCCAACUCAGGAGCCGACAUAAUUGCAUUUGAAACUAUUCCAAAUAAGCUGGAAGCAAGGGCUUAUGCCGAGCUUCUUCAGGAAGAGAAUAUAACAACCCCAGCGUGGUUCUCUUUUAAUUCUAAGGAUGGAAUUAAUGUGGUCAGUGGUGAUCCUAUGGUAGAUUGUGCAUCCGUUGCAGAUUCAUGCAAGCAAGUUGUUGCUGUUGGGAUCAACUGUACCCCUCCUAGAUACAUUCAUGGGCUUCUAACUUCUAUUAAGAAGGUAACCGAAAAACCUGUGCUUGUCUACCCAAACAGUGGGGAGACGUAUGAUGCAGAUUGCAAGGAGUGGGUGCCGUCGACAGGGGUGGUGGACGAGGAUUUUGUGUCAUAUGUAGGCAAGUGGCGUGAGGCCGGUGCUUUACUUUUCGGUGGUUGCUGCAGAACUACACCAAAUACCAUCAGAGCUAUAUCUCGAGCUCUCUCCAACAAAUCUUGUGCUUGUUCCACUCUAAGCUCCAAUGUAAAUAACAAGUAGUUAGUUCCCGAGAGCUUUUUCCCUGUUUUUCUUCAAAUGCUGUUUUCUUAGCCUUUUCUUCUGCGGUGUUAAGACAUGGAAAAUAAGAGCAAUCAAGCGUAAGGUAUC